AUGUCAAGUAGUGAAGAGGAUGAUGGUUAUGUGCCAUUUUCAAAAAGACCAGAAUGGAGUGAUGUAAAACCUUUGGCACAAGAUGAUGGACCACAUCCAAUUUGCCCAAUUUUAUAUUCAGAAGUUUUUAAGGAUAAAAUGAAUUAUUUUAGAGCAAUAUUAAAAUCUAAAGAGAAAUCACUUAGAGUAUUAGAUUUAUUAGAGGAAGUUAUUCAAGAGAAUCCAUCAAAUUAUACCAUAUGGUAUUAUAGAAGGGAAGUAUUGAAAGCCAUUGAACAAGAUGAAACUAUUGAAUAUGAUAUUCAACAAGAGAUGAACUUAUUGAAUGAUAUGGGAGAAACAGAUCCAAAGAAUUAUCAAAUUUGGAAUCAUAGACGUUUUAUAGUUGAAAAAUAUAUUGGUAGUGAUAAUAAAGAGAAAGAAUUCCUCAGUGGUGUAUUAUUGGAGGAUGCUAAAAACUAUCAUGCAUGGUCACAUAGACAAUGGUUAUUAAAAACCUAUCGUGAUUGGAAUGGUGAAUUGGCAAUGGUCGAUAAAUUAUUAUCGUUGGAUCAUCGUAAUAAUUCAGUUUGGAAUCACCGUUUUUUCGUCAUUUCAAAUUUAAAUCCAUCUCCUUUCCCUUUGUCUUUGAUCGAACGUGAAGUUGAAUUUGCUUUCAAUCAUAUACGUCAUAGUCCAAAUAAUGAAUCACCUUGGAGUUAUCUUAAAGGUUUAUUCAAAGGUCAAAAGAUUUCCACUAUUUAUCCUUCCCUUUUGGAUAUACUAUUGGAAAUGAAAUCAAAGUAUAUUGGUUGUUCUCAUGUUAACUCUAUCAUUUUAGAUAUUUAUCAAGAACAAAAUACUAAAAUUUCUUUAGAAAAUUCUUUAAAUAUUUGUAAAUUAUUAUCAGAAACAAUUGAUCCAAUUCAUAAAAAUUAUUGGAAUUUUAAAUAUAAUACAAUUUCAGAUCAAUUGAAAUUAAUUAAUUAA